AUUGCAACAUGACGACGGAAGCAACGACGCUCUACGAGAAUGGAAAGGUGUGGCAGUGGAUGCCACGCACGGGACGACCUAGCGAGCCGCGCGACUUUGCCGGCUACGCAUCCUGGUUCACCACGUCGGGCGAGACGAUCUCUGCUGUUGGUCACGGCGCCGUGCCGCAGGACGUCCGAGCGCUCGCGGCGACGGUCGUGGACUUACAAGGUCACGCAGUCCUGCCCGGUCUGCAGGAUUCGCACAUCCACCUGUAUCACAUGGGAGAAGUCGCGCAUUAUGUUGAUCUUCGAGGCACGUCGUCGUUUGACGACUUGUCGGCGCGCGUGAUGGCGCAUGCCGCAAAGUUCCCCCUCGCGGACUGGUUAGUCGGAUUCGGGUGGGAGCAGGACAAGCUCUCGAGUUGCGCUCGGUACCCAUCCCGCGCCGAUCUGGACGCCAUUCCAGUGUCUCGACCAAUCUACCUGUGGCGAACAUGCUUCCAUAUUGCCGUCGUCAACUCGAAAGCAUUGGCGGUUGCUGGCUUGGACAUCUCUCCUCACCCUGCAUGGACUCAACCGGUCGCGGGCGGCGUCGUGGACGUUGAUGGAGACGGCGUCCCUACUGGCAUCCUUCGCGAAUCCGCAGUAAACCUCGUGCAAAAGUACAUUGUCGAAACGUCGGACGCCAUUCGAACGCAGUACCUUCAAAUCGGCCUGCAAACGUGCUUGGAAUUUGGCCUCACAGCCGUGCACACAAACGACGCGCACUGUUUACCGCUGUACCGUGCCCUUCAAGCGUCAGGCCAGUUGCCAUUGCGAGUGUAUUUGACCCCCGACCAGCAUGAAGUGGACCCACGUCGCAGCCGCCGCGACGUGCUGGGGCCGCCUUUCCAGGACAACUUGCUCACCGUCGACCGCGUCAAGUUGUUUGGCGACGGCAGUCUUGGGGCUGAGACGGCGGCGUUACGGCAACCAUAUCGUGACUCGACCAACAAGGGAGUGUUGGUACACUCGGACGCUGACUUAGCCGAUCGAAUUCAAAUCGCGACCGACGCCGGCUACCGCGUCGAGAUUCACGCGAUUGGCGACGGGGCCGCCGCCCAAGUGCUGGCAGCGAUGGCAACGGUGGAGGGCGGCAUCGAUAGGCCCCUUCUGACGCACUGCCAGAUCCUCGGGCCCGAUUUACUAGAGAAAAUGGCGGCGCUAAACGUCGUGGCCAACAUCCAGCCGUCGUUUGUCGUUACGGACGCCGCGUUUGCCGCCAAGCGAUUGCCGCCGGCGUUGCUGCCGUACUCGUACUGCUGGCAAAAGAUGACUCGAGCGGGCGUCGUGUGUGCAGGGGGGAGUGACGCCCCCAUAGAAACGAGCAAUCCAUUCCAAGGCAUGUAUGAUGCCAUGCAUCGCCGCGCGCCGCUGGACGACCCCCGCGAGUGCUUUGCGUUUCCUCAUGCUCUGCAGCUGUACACACUCAACGGUAUGAUCGUCGUGGUUGGUCCUGAUAUAUUUUGGAUAUAAUACAAUUUUGGUGCUGAUACAGGAUCUUAUCAAUCUAUCGUUGCCUUUAGUAACUUUAUCGCUUCGUUUUGGCUGGAGAGAGAAAGGUGUGCUGGGAUGACUGAAAUCACACUAAUAUACUGUAUUAUUAGUCAUUUCAUGCAGCAAUCUCCGUGUCGCUCCAGAGGAGACUAAGCACUACCAUAAUAUAUAUCCCCGAUUGAUAUUAAUUUCAAUACAUUAAUACUAGUAUACUAUCGUCGACUUGAACCCUACAGAAUAUAGAAUGGAUUGACUUGUUUGUGUGAUUACUAUAACAUCCAAAAUGUUUGAUCAAUACAAUACUAUAUGCCCCGAUUAAUUUCAAUAUUUUAAUGUACUAGUCGACUACGGAAUAUCGGAUGGCUUGACUUUUUGAGUAAUAUUUUCAUAUUUUCAUAUUUUUUCUAAACGGUGGUUCGAAGGGGCGUAUGCGGCAAAAGAAGAAGCGCGACUGGGGGAAGUCGCGCCCGGCUUCCAAGCCGACUUUGUCGUGGUUAAGUACGAUCUCGUAGAGAGCGACGCGAGCAAGUUGCUGGCAAACGACCUCCUCCAGCGUGUAUUUGUGCAAGGCAUCGAGCGAUACAAUGCCUCCACAAGGCCCCCCGUCUCGUCCCCCCUGGCUAUCCAGGCCAGUGGCCUCCCCGGCAAAAACGGCCAAAUUCGCAUUUGCCGGUGCUGCCGCGUGUAAAAUGAAUAGAAUGAUCAUGGAGCAAACAUGGGCUUCAUAUACUUGGUGGA